ACUGUCUUCAUUUAUCUUAAUUCAUCACAGAGCUUUUUUGUGUAAGGGUUUAUAAAACAUUACUUCAGACAGAUAUGUAUUUGUAAUGCCGCCCAUGCAGUAUAUAAUGCAUUUCUGGUGAAUAAUGACACAGUAAACACAAUGGUAUUUGUACUUGUGAGCUGAGGAGGGGUUAUCAGAUCCACCACCGCUUCUCUUUUCCUGUCAUCUCAUCCUGUUCUACUGAAUGUUGGGGAGGAAUGGACUUUAAUGAAGUAGAAUAGGACCCACACACUCAGAUACAUAAAGAUAUAAAGAUAUAUGCCACAUACAGUAUAAAUUUAAUCUGGAAAAACGCUAUAUAAAUCCAAUCCAUUAUUAUAUAUUAAUUGACUGGGUAACAGUGUAUUGUAUUAUUGUGUAAUUAUUAAUGUACAGUAGGCACACUGUAACAAGUAUUACAGUGUAACAAUGAGUAAUUACAAUACUUGCUAUACUGUGCUUACAUGAAUAAUUACACAGUAGUAAGUGCACUGAAAUGUAAAGUGUAACCAUUGAUUGGUGUCAGAAUGCUAAUGUCAAUUUUUGUGUUUCAGGUGUGGGUGUUUCUUUAUACUCGUCGUUCCACAAGACAGUAGGGGAAUCCGUGGAGAUUCCUGCAGACUUAGAGGGGCACAAUGUCACCAUAAUGCAGUGGAAGUACAGAGGAAAGAAUAUUGCAGAAUUCAACUCAAAAGUUGUAUAUUCACCAGGAUCCCAGUUUGAUGGGAGACUAGAGAUGAAUGUCAUUAACUUCAGUUUAACAAUUAGGAAACUGACUCUGCAAGACUCAGGGGAAUUUCUAGUUGUUGCUGAAACAGACAUGCAGAUUCCCACUAAGGCUGUCACUCUGCAGGUUCAUGCUGGUGCUUUAAUCCUGGAUAGCCCUGCCUAUCCCAUGUCUGAGGGAGACUCUGUGACUCUGCGCUGUACAAAUAGAUAUCAGGAAACAAACCUGAACCCCAGGGUUGAUUUCUACAAAGAUGGAGUACUCAUCAGGAAUGAGACCACAGGAGAGAUGACCAUCCCUGCAGUAUCCAAGUCAGAUGAAGGCUCCUAUAAGUGUAAAUCUAAUGAAGGAGAAUCACCAGAGAGCUGGGUGACAGUGAGAGGUUCCAUUGUCUCCAUCUCUGUGCUGCCCAGGCUGCUGUGUGGUUUACUGGUUGCGUCUCCCUUUCUACUGGUGUCUAUCGUGCUCAUGGUGAAAUGCUGCAGGGCUCGAGGCCUGUGUUCAACAGCCAAAUCUCCUCAAGACGAGUUACCAUCUGACGAUGUCAUCAAACAGACUGAAUCAUCCGUGUGAUCGUUACAAUAUGAACUGUCAGCUGAAAAAACAUGUUUAUGAUUUUGAAGUUUUUUCUAUUGCCUUGCCAUUGAUUUAUGAUUGUGUUUCCUGAGUUUAAUAUCUGAAUGUUAUGAUUUUGUAGGUUGACAAUUUCAGCUUUUGGUGGCUUGUGUCCUUUCCUUUGUUAUUGUUAAAUGUUUUAGAUUUUUUUGAUUAUAUUGCACUUACCUCUCUUUAACUUCUGUUUAUUAAACAAGCGUAGUGCCUGUUUUUGUUGCAAGGCCCAGUGCAAUAAAACAUGUGAUUUUCCUGUGUUUUAUAUAUAUUUUCACACUAUGAAAAUGGAGUAAUACAGUGGAAUUGUGAAAAUGGUGAUAAUUUCCUUUUAGUGUAAGAGCUAUUUGAAAAGAACACUUGAAAUUUUUGCCUUUUGGUGGGAUGGAGUUUUGGCCUGCCUGGUGAUAUCAUUAAUUUAUAGACCAAUAAAAAAAGAGUUCCAAACCUCUCUGCCAAUAACAGCUAGGUUUCAGUUUUCUGUUCCCCACUCAGACCACUCCUAGACAGUCCUAGCAUAAACCUUACUUGAGAAAUUGCUAUUUGCAAAGAACGUAUUUUUGUUUCUUUUUGAUAAUUUUAAUAGAAAAUCACAGGAAUGGUUUUAUAUUGAGAUAAAAAUGGCUGCAUUGGACCUUUAAAAGUUGAAUUUACUGUAUUUUCUUAAUAUUUUGUAUUUUACAUAAUGUGUUGCUUUUUACAUGCAGGUUUAUAUACAGAAUAUUGCACAUGAAUCCUUUCUGUUUUUAAUUUUUAAUUUUAAAUGAGGGUUUAUACUUGUUUGGCCAACCUACUAUAAGAACUUUAACAGUUAAGUUGGAACAUGUAUAUUAUGUUUUCAAUUCAAUUCAUAUAUUUUUUUUAAUAUAUACAUUUGACUUAUUUUUCAAUUCAAUAUCUGUCAGUUUUUAGUAAAAUUAUAUUUUUUACAGGAGUUGUUUUACGCUAGGAACCAGAUGAGUGUUCCACUAUGCAACUUGAAUGAAGAGGGUGUGCAUUGUCUUAUUUCAGAUAUCGUGACGAUUCCGCCUGACGAGCAUCACUUAGAAGUCUUGUGUUGUAUUUUGUAUUAAUUCUCAAAUAUCAAAUAAAAAGUGAUGAUUCAA